UAUGUGCUCUGCUCUAGUAGAGGAAGGACAGGCUGCUCUGAGAGGCGGAGGAAGGAACGGGAGAACGUACAAUGCGUUAUCCACGGGUAAUGGCUCGCCCCCAAAUCUCCUUCUAAUUCAGUAUCCGAGCCGCUCCGAGACAAAUAUGGCGUGAAAAAAACCUUGUAAAAUAAGUGCGAAACUGUCGGGAGUUACUCGUAGCGGUGGACCGUGCUGCCGUUGACUGGAAGUUUUUUUUUUUCCAGUCGUGGGGCCCCGACGGUGGCGGUGGCUCUCUCCCCGGAGCGGUGUCCCGGUCUGCCCAGCCCCAUGCAAAACCUAACGGCCCCUGGCGGCCCCGGCAACUCCAAUGUCACCUGCUCCUGCAACUGCUCUGCUUCCCAGCCACAGGGAAUGGAGAUAUCUGAACUUGAGUUUGUUCAGAUCGUCAUCAUCAUUGUGGUGAUGACAGUGAUGGUGGUGGUGAUCAUCUGCUUGCUCAACCACUACAAGCUCUCCACCUGGUCCUUCAUAACAAGGCAGAGCCAGGCCCGCAGGCACAACAAUGCCCUGCAUCAGGAUGGGUGUCUGUGGCCUUCAGACAGCAGCUCUCGACAAGAUGCCUCAGAGGUAUUAUAUGCUCCCCAGGCCAGGGAUCACUUCACUGCUCCCUCCUUCAUGCAGCGUGACCGCUUCAGUCGCUUCCAGCCCACCUACCCCUACCUGCAUCACCAGAUUGACCUACCACCCACAAUCUCGCUGUCGGACGGCGAGGAGCCCCCGCCUUACCAGGGGUCUUGUACCCUGCAGCUCCGCAACCCUGAGCAGCAGAUGGAGCUCAAUCGUGAGUCGGUGAGAGCGCCGCCCAACCGGACCAUCUACGACAGUGACUUGAUCGACAUCGGAGGAGGUGGAAGCCUGGGAGGGGUGGGAGGAAUAGGAGGUGGUCCUAGGCCGCCAAGCAUUAACUCGGGUAUCAGUGCGGUCAACUCCAGCAGCCACGUGCGCAUGGAGGGCCCCCCACCAGCGUACAGUGAGGUGAUGGGCCACUAUCCUGGCUCAGCGUUUUUUCUACACCAGCACAGCAAUACCCAUAGGGUGGGGGGCCCAGGGGACAGGAGCCAAUCAGAAAGCACAAUAGUACCUGCCAAGGCCAAGGAUGGCCAACAGAAGGACCUGGUGUGAAGAAAAGAGUAGGGGGGUAGGUGGGGCCACUCACCCAAGACUAUAAACUGUCUCUUAACUUCACUCCUGAUCACCUCUAAGCUGUGGUCUCUCUUUCCUGUGCACUCUCUGUCUCUCUCAUGUCCUCUCUCCACACUCCCAUGCACAAAUAAAAAUCAAUCUUAGCUACAACAAAACAAGGAAAGGGAGGAACCAAGAGUUAAUUUUAUUUCCUUUCUUUCGAACGUUCAAGUUAAAAACAUACUGCUAGCACAUAUUAAAACGUUUGUCCGUUUUUUGUCCUCUGGGGUGACUUUUCUGUCCGGGGAACUGAGGAUGAUGUUUUUACUUUUUGUUUCUUUUUUGGACCGGGAUCUGUGCACAAAGCGAGAACUGAGAAUCAAGGACUUACAGAGAACACAAUAAAACAAGAGACUCACAAACCCAAAUCUUAGUGCCAAGGUUUACGAGGAGGCUAAACAAAGGGGUAAAAUGACUCAUUCUAACAUUCAAAACACAAAAAAAUAAAUGUUAUCUAAAAGUUGCACUAUAUAUUUGUUGUAAAAGAGAAGAGGGAAAUUAUGUUAUGUGAUGAUAACGAGGUUUGUUUUUCUCUUUUUGUUUCGUCCUUUUUCUGAAUGGACUGACUGACUGAACUUUGCCUCCAAAGCUGUUUAAACAGUUGGGAGCAAAAAAAAAAAAACCACUUAUUAUAAGCUUAUGUCCUUCUUUGAAAACAAUACUUGUACCCAGCCUACAACAUCUCUGUCUGCUUACACCACAGGACAGGGAGACUUAGUAAGAGAAUAACAUUGUACUGUUCAUGUCUGUGAGAAAGAAAUCUGCCUCGUGUCAGCUGCUGGGUGGACGGAACAUUUCUUACUUUCUCUGGUAGUUUCUUAAAAGAUUUACAGAUGGAUUUCACAAACCAGAGUAGUUCCCAAACUCUUAGAAAGUAUAUGCUCCAUACUAAUAAAUCUGACCAGAUGGUUGGAUAUCAAGAAUAACAUAACUCAUAAACAUAUGUAACUGGCCAUCCACUUUUAACCCUUUUUGACUUUGUCCCAAAAUCUGAGCACCUAACACUUCUUCUUUUCUGUUUCUUGGUCAAUAACCAUCACCCCCACCUUCUCCUCUCACUGCUCAUCUCUACAUGCAAAGUUCAUUCUGCUAACAGCCACACUGAACCCAAAACCCGCCAACAUGACAAUGAAAACACAAAACAAUAAAAGAGGCUCGGCUCUCCUUCUUCACAUUUCUAAAGCCACAAAAAACAAGACAACAAACAAAGUGAAGAUUCCUGUCUGCAUCUGCCAGCACAGUGAUCAGGUUUUAAACAAAAACUAUAUGUGGUCAAAGUUAAAGGGCUAUGGGAGAGUCCUUUUUGUAAAAGAAAGCCUUAAAAAUGUAGCCUUUUUCUCUGCUCAUCAUUGCCUUCUACCCUGCUCUUGCGCUUUCUCUGUCUUUUAAUUAUUUUAGCAUUAAUCAUCAGAUCUCUUCUCGCUAACCCCCAUCUCAUCUUGUUAACAGUGUCUCUGGUAAACAUAGUUUAUCAUCCCUCUCUCAUCCGUGUGCAGAAAAAGAUGAUGCAGAGUCUGCCAAGCCCUUUAAAGUGGAGACUGGACUGGAGCCAUUAUUUGUGUGUGUGUGUGUGUGUGUGUGUGUGUGUGUGUGUGUGUGUGUGUGUGUGUGUGUGUGUGUGUGUGUGUGUGUGUGUGUGUGUGUGUGUGUGUGUGUGUGUGUGUGUGUGUGUGUGUGUGUGUGUGUGUGUGUGUGUGUGUGUGUGUGUGUGUGUGUGACCUUUUAAUAACUCAAAAAAGCACUUAAUUUUCCUUAAUAAUCGACUGCUUUGUUCAAGGAUACGUUACUUACACUGUCCAUAUUAACACAUUAUUAACUAAACCUCAGUGUAAAAGAAAGUGUGUCACAGUCCACUCCACAGCUUCCGUUAAAGCAACACAAGGAAAACUGCAGUAGAUUCCCACACCGAGUAUGUACGCUAAAAAUACUUUUUGUCAAUGCAGUACACAAAGGAAACACAGAAGGAGUGGAUGGAGGUGAGACAACUCAAGAUCAACUCAAAAAAAAUGUUUUAAGUACUAACUCUUUGGAAAACAAAGAUUUUUUCCAAAAAACACUCUUUGAUGAGGUAAGAAGAUAAGGCUGGUGUUAUUUCAUGUUUCUUAUUGUUAAGAAAUCACACAAAAAGACUAAAACCUACAGUGUGUUACUUAAUGUCUCAAUACGACAAAGAAUUCUUGACCCAUAGUCCACUUUCCUGUGUUUUUCGAAACUGGUGUUUGGCAUUGGACAUGAAUCUUCUUAGCCCAACACCAAAGGCUAUAUUUGAACAGAGAGAGUGCAUUAGGAUCUCUCCCCCAAAAUAAACUACUGUUUGUAGGUGUUGGCAAUUAAGAAACAUUUCACUCAAUGCAACAGUGCAGCUCAUUUAUAUGUCUUUAAUAGCUUGUAGACAACAAUGGAGCUCUAUGACACAGAGGAAUAAGAUUUAUCAGUCUUUGAUGCACACACAAUACUUGUUCAUGUUGGUUUGGGUCUUUUUGUGGGAUUUGAUGUUAAUAACAAACUAUAGAAUAUGCACGAGUUGCUUUGAAUAGUGUUAAGUUGCCUAAUGCAUCUAGAAAUAUUCCUGUAGAUCAAUAAGAACUAAAUGAAAAGGUCCUUGUGCUCAAAUCUGACUUUACGCGUGUGUGUGUGUGUGUGUGUGUGUGUGUGUGUGUGUGUGUGUGUGUGUGUGUGUGUGUGUGUGUGUGUGUGUGUGUGUGUGUGUGUGUGUGUGUGUGUGUGUGUGUGUGUGUGUGUGUGUGUGUGUGUGUGUGUGUGUGUGUGUGUGUGUGUGUGAGAGACUACAUUGCUGCUUCUAUUGCUGCUAAUAUUGUUGCUACUGCUGCUUCUCAUGCGCUCCCCCCUUCUACUGUCCAUCCUGUCCCCUCAACUCGUCCAAAAACUAGAAAUGAGAAAUCUGACCAUCUGCAGUCAAAAGGACAAGUAUUGAGACAAAACAUGGUCUUGUAAGACCUAACCUGGGCGGCUCAGUUGUGAAGAGAGAUUGUCUACUUACUUUAGCCUUUGACUCUACAGACUUACUUCAAACCUUUCUUUUCUCGUGUGGUUCUGUCUGCACAGUCAAAGCUUGUAAAUUGAGGAUAUAAAGAUGAAUUAUGUUUUCUACAAGGUUUGCAUGUGACUAUUAUGCGAGUAUAUAAGGUGCCUAAUGUUCAUGUUUGAGCAGACCACACCUCAGUCAAACUGCUGCUUGGAAUCCUUGCAGGUGCUUUGUCUCAGACUGGUUGCCUAUCUGGCAGAAUGGAAAGGAAAUAUGUGGGAAAAGGUUAGCUAGGUUUGCCAAAAAUGAUAAUUCCUGUCUUUUUGUUAAGUCAUAGACAGAUGUCACUGUGGUGACUUUCUUUCAGGAGUCUGGUCUGGGUUACUCAUUCAGCUAUUGAGCUCUGUUUGAUGACAGACUGAAUCUGACCCUGUAUUGAAGUGUACAAAAAACAUUUAAUUCAAACUUUACAUGAAGUUAUAAAUGUUGUGACCACAGGACCAGCGGUGUGCCUGUUUUAAUGUCAGCAAAGCACCGGCUGCCUCUUUAAUCUGCAGUUCUACCUUGACUAUCUUUAGCAUUAAAGUGCACCAGCGGUGUUUAUGGGCAGCCAGCCUGCUCACUUCCAUUGCGUCAGCCAGGAGUGGUCACUCUUUGCGAAGCAACUGAAACCAUUUCAACCAGUAAUUUGACCAGCGUGUGGAGCAGACAAAGGAACUCACUUGCACUCAAACAGCUCCCACCUUUAUUGUGCCUCACUUCCAACGGUGCUUUUUUCAGUAGUCUGUCUUUCUUUCUUUGUUUGUAAGGUGCUGUAUAUAACUUGAAUAUAUUAUGCACAUAUCCUACCCAAUGGGUAGAACUCACAAAAUAAUUUGUGAAUAAUGUAAUAUAAUGUACAGACAAGAUAAGAAUUUUAAUAAGGCAGCAUCAAAUUUGUAAACGCCUACAGUUAAAGUGCUUUGUCUUUUUUAUGAGAAACCAUGAUUUGCAAAUUAUGCUAAAAAUAUGGUUGCAACACAAAUACAAAUUACUACUUAUAAUAUUUUGCUAUACAUAAUAAUCUGUUAUAUAAAAAUAGCCUCUGUGUUAAGGAACUUGUUGAGAAAGGAUGUUAUUUACUUGUUUACUGGAUUCCUCAUCUAAGAAUAAGCUGUCACAGUUCUUGAAAUCAUUUGGGUAUAGACUGGUGGUUUAAUUUUCACCACAAUCGACUAACAAAUGUAUAGUUCUAUUCCACAGAUCUUUUAGGAAAACAGAAAUCACACACAUCAGUUGCUGUUCCUGCUACAUCUUCGGCCUGGCUCUGGUUGAAUUUCUACUCUUUAUUGUUGAACCAAAAGCCGCAGCAGUCUAGUUUGAGAGACGUGUCAUAUGACCACUGCACACGAGAGCCGUCAGCACUUCCAAAUAUGGAAACUAUGUGUCUGUACUCAUAGAUCUUAACAACAUCCUAGUUAAUUUCAGCUGAAACUGUAUAUUUGCCAAAGUAAGUAAAUCUGUGGAGCACACUCAGCAUUGCAAAAUAUGUGGCUGGAUGUUGGGCUGCGGUUAAAGCAUUUUAGCUCCGUUACUGAUAUUUGAUUGCAUUAAAGUUGAACAAAAAGAGUGUAAAACAUUUAAGGAAAAGAGGUCACUCCCUUUUUGGUCCAGAUUGGCAACCUGCCCCAGAGGUAAAAAACUGUAAUUUAACUUUUCUCAUUACAAUGAGAAUCAUUUUCUACAUUACAAUGUUAUAUGUGACACAGUAUAUUGAAACAAAAGUCAUGUUUAAUCAUGCAAUCAAUAACCGCAGAGCAUGUUCAUUCUUAUCUAUAGACGCCACAUUUUUUCUUCAAAUCACCAAAUAAGUGACAGUUAUGUAAAAUAAUAAUUUAAAUUUGGAAAAGUCUCUAUUUUAACUUUGUCUGGAGCGCCAUUCCUUCUUCUUAAUAUAACUUUUUGUUUAUUUCCUGCAUUAGCUUGAAGAAUUGACUGGAGCUCAGACAGAAUUUUAAUUGAUCCACACACACCCACCCCCCCGCAUUGCAUUCCCUUUUUCCACCGUUCUUGACUGCUAACAACAAGUAGCUAUUUUUAUCCUUCCAGAUUUUAAUAUUAAUGAUGAAAAUAAUAACAAUAACGACACAGCAGUUUGGUAUUCUAUCUGUCUUGACAGUUACUAUAGAACUCCUUCGUUCAUGUGUAAUGUAACAUCAGUUCACUUUAUUUACUAAAUGAAUCAUCGUUCUCCCUUCCCCCUCUGUGCUGCAAGCUAUAUAUGUAUGUAUGUAUAUAUAUAUAUGUACAUACAUAUAUACAUACAUAUAUACACACACACACGAGGUAAAAUUGUUAUCUAUUUUUACCUCUUUCUUUAAGCAAUUGUGAUGUAAUAGGUUUAAGCCUAAGGUCUGUUAUUGCAAUACUUUUACAGAAAAGAAGAAAAAAAUUAAACAUGUUGCUCUAAGUGCUGUGUAGUCAAAGGUUUUAUGCUUGUACUUAUGCUGUAGUCAAACUGCAGUGUAAUGAAUAAAACUUUAAAAGUG